CAGGGUGAGGUCGACAGCAUGCAGCGAUGCCCGUACAUCCACGAGAUGAAGGAGCGGCUGCUGGGCGACCAGAUCCCCAUGGAGAUCAUCCCCGCCAAAAAGAUACCCACCCCGCCACCCCCGCCUUUCGUCGUCGACCAGCCGCUGCCCUCAAAAACUGUCGCCACAGUUGUCAAAUUGAAUUCUGAUGGAUAUGGUUCUCACACCUCCCCAACGAGGACCUUGAAGCAUGAAUGCACACCGCUCAUGCCGAAAAAAGUCGAAAAGGAAUUCCAGUUGGUGCAUCGGAGAGUUCAGCCGAAAAACGCCAAAACCUCCUUGUUCAUAAUCAUGAGUUUCCUCUACGCCAAGCUGCUGGUCGUAGUCUGCAUCGGCUACGUCUUCUCCGACGUAGUCACCCACAACCUCCCCCUCUACUACUACGAAGGCUUCUUCACCUACCUCUACGGCGUGUCGAUCCUCUUCCUGCUGUACGUGUUCUGCUUCCUGCUGCAGGAAAGCUCCUGCUGCUCAGACGGCGGGGAAAGCAAAGAAGCGGGGAAAAAGCAGGCGGCUAUUGCUGCGAAGGAGAAGGAGAAAGAGAAAGAGAAGGAGAGGAAGAAGGAGGCGGAUAAGAAAAAGAAAGAGGAGAAGGAGAAGAAGGAGAAGGAGAAAAAGGAGAAGGGGAAGGAGAAGGAUAAGAAGAAGAAGGGGCAAGAGAAGAGCACCUACCGACGCAACUCUGAGGGCGUGGUAGACGCGGCCCUAGUGCCCGAGCCCGUCGCGGCAUUGUCUCAAUCUCAAGGCGCCCCUUUGGUCUCGCAGGAGCCGACUCCUGCGGCAGGCGCAGGCGCGGCCCCGCCCCCUGCUCAUGCAGCCCCGCCCCCCGUCGCCGGCGCAGGCGCGGACGUCGAGGUGGGCGUGAGCGCGGCCGGGAGAGGGGCGAAAUGCAGACGCAAGACGUCGCAGAACGAGCACAGUCACGGUAGCUUCUUUCUCAGGAUAGGAGCCAUCGCAUUUGGCCUGGGUACUAUGAUAUACAGUGGACUAGAGUUCGGAUUAUUCUUCGAGGUCCCCUUCACCUCUCCUUGCUACAUGAUUCUUCGCGGGAUCAAUCCCUCCCUCCAGAUGGUCUUCACUUUCAUGCAAAUGUAUUUUAUCUUCAUGAAUUCGAGGUUGAAUAUUCACCGAUUCAAAGUUGUUGCAAGAUUCGGUUUGAUGCACGUCGUUGCUACAAACAUUUGCGUUUGGAUUCGAACGCUGGUGAUAGAGUACCUGAAGGACAUCACCAAGUAUCACGUGAAGGCUAAUCAUACCACCGUCAACCUUACAACAGAGUCUGCAUUCGCUGAAAGCAUCAGGCACCACAAUUUACGUAACGCUAACACGGUGCUUGGUACCCACAAAGUAGUACCAGAUAUCAUCAGGUCUACCGCUACUAGUCUACUAACUAGUACACCAUCAAGUACGACCACUUUCAGAGAUAUGUUCCGAAUGAAAGCAGAUAGUUUUAUGUCGACCGUUAGCAGUGUUGCCACUACUUUGAGACCUUCUACAACCACUCCAUAUUCCUCAACUACUUCGACGACUACCCCUUCAUCGAUUUGGAGAUUCAUCCCGACCAUCUCGAGCACUACAUCAACUACAACGCCUUCUCCGUUCAAUUUGAGAAUGACGACGGCUAGAAUUUGGAAAAUGGUCACUACUACAUUGUCAUCGACUACCACAACGACCACCACUACUCCAGUACCUAGAACGUUCAGCAGCUUCAAGGACUUUGGCGGGUUUGACAGCUUUGCCUCCAAUAAUCUCGCCAAUGUUAAUGAGGUUGACUUCAGUGAAGAAGUCGGUAACGACAUCAACUUGAAUGAUACCCAGUUCUUCGAUGAUAUCAUUCCCCAAGCACUCAGAGUUUUCAAUGGUACUUCCAACGUCUCUACCGAUAGCUGCGGUAGGGUUAAUAUAAUGGGUUCCAUAGUCGAAGAAUCUAGCCCUUACUUGUAUCCCUUCAUUGUCGAAUAUUCCCUCAUAGGAGCUGCAGUGAUUUACGUCAUGUGGAAGCAUAUCGGAAGAAAACCAAAAUAUGUCACUCAAGAAGACUUGGAGCACCGUUUGGAAGUGAUGCUGUCCCGUAGGGCCGUGGCCUUGGCUCACGCCCAACAUGGUCGGGUCGAUUGCAUCGGGGCCUCCAAGGGAUUAUUCUUGGGCCUGCUGAUGCUAGUAGCCUCUCUGAUAUGCCUCAUACUCUUCUUCGUGCUGAUAUCCAACAACGCGUUUAGGAUGUUGGCAAUCUAUUUGGCGGAGGUGUCUCAUUGCAUCCUCAUGGUUUUGAGCAUCAUCGCCAUAAUCGUCGGGUUCAUAAGGGUGCAACAGUUGAAGUUCAAGACCGAAGAACGUAGCGACCUCAAUGACAUUCUCCUGAGGAUCUCUGCUUUCGGACUUUUCUUGUAUGCAGUUUUCAGCGUGGUGGCUGGCCAUCUUGAUGCUUUCACAGUGGAGGCCAAUCUUCUGACGAUGAUAACUGGCAUUCUGGCGAUUCUGCAGGUGAUUCUCCAGCUGCUCUUCAUCGCAGACAUCUCACGCAGGCGAGUCCACCUGCCGGAGCACGACAGAUCGAAGCCCGGCAGACAGGUGGUCACCUUCCUGCUCAUCUGCAACCUCACCAUCUGGAUCAUCUACACGUUCGAGAUGCGCAAGGUGGAAGAGAACCCCGUUCAGCUGCGCUUCUACGGCUUCCUCACCUGGUCGAUGAUCCAGAGAAUCACGUUGCCGCUGUGCAUCUUCCACAGAUUCCAUUCGGCCGUCGCUCUGGCCGAAAUAUGGAAGACCACCUACAAAGCGCGGCUGGAGUAAGUCUGGAAGGUCUGGUGGCCACUCGGCACGAAUCGAGUGAGUCUGGACGACUUGGUGGCACUUAGUGAGGAUCUAGCGAGUCUGGACGACUUGGUGGCCGGACUGACGCCAAGCGAGGCGCGAGCGAGUCUGGAAGGUUCGCUGACCAUUCGGCGAAGCUUGAACGAGUUUGGAAUGUUUGAUGGCCAGUCGGCGAGGCUGGAGCGAGUCUGGAAGGUUCGGUGGCCAUUCGGCGAGGCUCGAGCGAGUCUGGACGACUUGGUGGCUGGAUUUCACCUGUUCCAGGGUUCGUCUGGACGUACUCGAUUGUAUGUAUCGAAGUAAUAUUGUCUAUUUUCUGACAGGAUGAGUUUGAUGUAUUAUUGGUUGGUGAUUAGUGGCCGUUUUCAGACGAGGUCGGGAUGUUGCAAUUUUGAUGGGUAACGAGAACUGAUGGAAGUAGUUAUACGAGGUGUGUCAUUGGGAAACGGAAAUACGUCAACAGGGGAGGGAGAGAGGUUUAGUUUUUUCUAAGGGAGGCAAAAAUGAGAAAAUUAUCGGGUUUUCGAUAUUGCUUCGGAACCAUCCGGACUGGAUUCAGAAUUUGUUCAGAGGUAAGUGGACAAAAUCCAAAAUUCGGAAUUCCAAAUCCCUCGUUUUUUAUCAAUCAAUGUACAAAUCUCGAAAUUCCUUUCCACGUAUGAUGAUGAAUAAUAUAAAUUUCGGCACAGUGAGUCAAAAAUGGUGGUCAUAAUUAUAAUAAUAAUUAUGAACUGCCGUAUCUGUUGAUAUUAAUACGGUAUUCAAAAAUGGUGGUCAUAAUUAUAAUAAUAAUUAUGAACUGCCGUAUCUGUUGAUAUUAAUACGGUAUUGGUCUGAAAACGGUCACGGGAAGGAAUUACUAAGUCUGAUUAGUCUGCUCAUAAUUUACAUAAGUUGAAUUUAUCAAUUUUAAUUAGUUUUUGCCGUGCAUAAUAUUUUCGACAUAUCUAUGACCAGUAGCAAACAAAAUUGUUAAUUUGUCCAUGGCAUGGAGGAGUUACUUGGAAAAAUACGUAUUUUUCGACAUCUCUAUACAAACAAAAAAUAAGACUGAUGAAUACUGGUAAUAUACAGAGAGUGGCUCAUUUGAUUGCGGGACACCUCCAUA